CCCGCCCACAUAGCCUGAGCGUUAGGUUGCGCGAGGGCUGCAGUUUCAGUUUGUUUUAUUCACCAUUUUGUGUAGCUCAAGGUAAAAUAUUAAAGUAAAACCCUUUAGCGCAGCAGAGCUUUUCACCCGUUUUAUUUACUUUUGCGAUUCGGGGAGAAAACUGGUGUUGGUGUUUUUAUGCGACGUUACAUUGAGUCUGUCAGUCGGUGAAGCUUUUUUUUUAUUUCCUCCAUUUUUCAUAAAAAAAUCUCAACAGUGUUCCUGCAAAAAUGUCCAGACCAGUGAGGAACAGAAAAGUGGUGAAUUAUUCACAGUUCAACGAAUCUGAUGAUGCAGAUGAGUACGAGCAAGACUCGGGCAAGCCCAAGAAGAUCCGGGCAGCGCCACGUGAAAUCAAGCACAAGAAGACCAAGAACUCACAGGAGGAAAGCGAUGACUCCGAUGACAAAGUCUCCAAACCUAAAAAUGAUUCAGCAGAUGAUUUCGGCAGCGACGAAGACAACGAGUUUGGGGAGGAAGAAGAGGAGGAGGAAGAUGGAGGAAGUGAUUACGAAGCCAAAAAGGGAAAGAAGGGGAAGAAGGCUAAAGUGGAGAAGCCGAGCAGAAGGUCACUGAAGAGGAAAAGGGAUUCAGCAGAUGAGAGCGAUGAGGAUAAGGUGAGCCGGAAGCCCAGGCAGGUGAGACAAGCCGCCUCCAAGGCUGCGUCCAAACAGAGAGAGAUCCUGCUCGGGGACCGAGGGAGUGAGGAUGAGGAUAAAGAGGAAGAUGAGCACACCUACGUGGAGCAAGAGUCCGGGAGCGACGAGGACUUCAUGGUGGACGACGAUGACGACAGCGACUACGGUCACUCCAAAAAGAAGGGCAAGAAAGUGACUCAGCGAGGACGCAAGGUGGAGAAGAAGGAGAAGAAAUCUCCUAAACCCAGACUAAAGGCCACAGUCACCCCGAGCCCCAUGAAGGGAAAGGGCAAAGGUCGCCCGAGUGCAGCGAAGGCCCUGGAGAAAUCCUCACCUAAAGAGGAGGAGGAGCCCGAGAGCCCGCUCGAGGACGAGGAGGAAGACGAGGUGGAGAAGAAGAGCUCGCUGCCACCGUCCGCCAAAAAGAAGAAAAACACCCCUGACGACGAGGAAGAGGAGGACGAAGAGGACGGCUCAGAAGACGACGCGCCGUCCGGGGAAGAUUAGCCACCUCGCGUCUCGUUUGCGCUCUCUGUUUUCUUUCUUUCUCUCUGUUUAUUUUUUCUCUUUUGGAGGUUUUUUCUAUUGUUAUAAUUUGUCUGUGGUGACCUGGCUUUUUUUUUUUUUUUUUUUUUUUUAACUUUCUGUAUCACAAAAACCAUGUUGUCCCAGAAAGCAUCAGAUGUGUGUGUGUGUGUGUGUGUGUGUGUGUGUGUGUGUGUGUGUGUGUGUUUGUGCGAGAGAGAGAAAGAGAAUGAUGUAUUUGUAUUUUUUAUUUUAUUAUUAUUUUAUUUUAUUUUUAUUUAUAGGCAAGAACGAUAAGAAAAGCCCGCCGCCGCUCCUCCACUGCUCACGGGCUGCUGCUCUAACGGUUCUUGAGUUCUGGUUUCAUCUCCACACAGUUCCUGCUGGUCCUCAGCUCUGUGCCCAGUGGUUUUCCUGCUCUAACACACUUGCCUCCACAUCUUUUUUAGUGACAGAAAUAAACACAACGCCUGCAGACAUGUACGCAUUUUAUGAAUCAGGAACGACCGACGACGGACAAACUGUCCUCGAGCUGUUUUCGUUCUGUUAGGGUAGGGUUGCCAGAUAAUCUCAUAAAUCACCGCUUACUCCUAACCGUUUUUUUUUUUAAAACCUUUCGAAUGAUCUCACACUGAAUAAACAAUUAAAGCUGAACAGGGUAAAUCUAAGCUACUAAUCCUGAUAGGAAUAACGAAAAGUAAUACGUUUAAACGGCCUACGAUCAUUUAAACUGUGAGUAAAGUCUAAACACUGCUUUACAAUCGAUCUGAGCCUUUCGCACGUCAGACGAUCGAGCGCUACGGUCCGACUCGCUUCCCCGCGAUGUUCGGGAUCCGGAGAAGAGCGAAUUAUUUUACGACGCACGUUAUGGACAAGACAGGAGGAGGACGUCGGGUGGUGGGACGUUGGAGCAGGAAAACACUACGAUGUACAGGAGAAGGUUAGAACUGAACCAGGAUUUAGGAAAGUUCCCCCCCCCCUUUUUUUUUUUUUUUUUGGACUUGCGAUUUUAAUUAUUAUUUUUUCGCAGAAUGCUGUGACCGCUUAGAAUUUCGCUUUUAUUACGAUGUUAAACGCGACGUACGGCUCGACGGCGCAGCGUCCGAUGUUCUUCCAGUCAAAUUUUUUUUAUUAUUAUUUUUUUUUGUUUGUUUGUUUGUUGUUGUUUUUAUUUUUUUAUUCCUAUUCCGUGUGCUGUUUUUACCUGAUAUUAUUCAGUGGAUUUCUCUAAUUCUUCCCUGUCUUUAGUUUUUAUUUUUAUAUAUAUAUUCGAUUCUUGUUCUUUUUUUUUAAUCCUACAGUAUUUUCUAAUCGUCUCUUAGUUAGCCCUUUUUAAGCCGGACGUGUGCGGGUGUCUCCCCCUUUCUUCUGUCCUUUUUUCUGUCCUUUCUUCUCCUAACCUACAGAAGUUGUGCAUCCGACUCUAAUAGAAACGAACCGGCUCCUUUACCAAAAAAAAAACAUAAAAAAAUUAUGACGUAUUUCUCAGUGCGAGCGAGUGAAGGCGGGAAAACGGUGUCACAGCAGCAGCCAGAAAACACUCGUCUUCAUCUUUUUUUUUUCUUUAAUAAAGGAGUUAAAGCUUUUUCUUCCUUUUUUUUUGUGAGGUGAGAGCUUCCUUUUGUGUCCACUACAUCAUCUCAGAAACGUCUUUGUGGUUUUAAUUUAGCGCGCGUGUGUGUGUGUGUGUGUGUGUGUGUGAGAGAGAGCGAGAGAGAUGGCAGUCUUAAACAGUGUAACAUUAUAAAGGAAUGUUUUCUUUUUUUCUUCUUCUUCUUUUUGCUAUCGAUUUGAACCCAUGCACGCUUUUUACACUCUGCUUUUAUUCAGAGAUGUAAACGCUUUAACGCUCUGGAAAUUUCCUCUCAUCGGACUCCAAGCGGCAGAAACCUGCUUUAUUUGCUGCAUUCUGACGUUUCGAGAAGAAAAAAAAUAAAUACGAGAUGGGACUCCUUUGCCGUCGGCUCAGAGGAGUUUAUUAUUUCGUAGCCGUAAGCGCCGAAAUUCGAGGAGCUUGUUGUUUUUUUUUGUUUGUUUUUUUGUUCCUCGUGACGUGGAAGCGAAGGUGAAUUAAACCAGACCAGACGGAGAAGUUUGUAACGUCCUGUUCAUCCUCUGCCUCGGUUCCUGUUCCAGCUUCAGUGUUUUAACAUGAUGGACUCUGAGCAUUCUGUCAUCUGUUACACUCUCUUCAUGUGCAUGAACUCCUCAUGAAGCUUAAUAGCGACCCAACAACACGGUUGUGUCAUUUCCGUGCCAGGCAUCACUCAGUAUCACCCACCGCCUCGUCCCCGUCCCCCAACCAUACCUCAGAACCCGUAAUCUCUCUUCCGCUUCCCCGACAGCCGUCAUCUAUCAUCGUCCCCUCAAAAAAAAAUGACCUUUUGUUUUUUGUUUUUUCCCAUCAUUCUCCUCAGAAUUUUUGUAAUUUUGUUUUUUUGUUUUUUUUUUAAGAAAAGAAAUAAAAUUGUAUCUUGAUUUAAAAAAAAAA